AUGGAGCGGGUGCCGGUGCCCGACGCCGACGCUUUCCGCGCCUUCCGGCAGCGCUGCCAGGACGGCGGCUGGCAACGGGACUGCGGCGGCCUCGCCGUCCGCCUGGAGCCGCCGCCGCCGGGCUGCGCCGUGCACCAGCUGAAGUGCCGCAUCGACAUCCCGGACGUGCCGGCGGGGACGGUGUACGACGUGCUGCACGACAGCGAGUAUCGCCGCGAGUGGGACGCCAAUGUCAUCGACAGCCACGACAUCGCCCGGGUGGCUGCCAACGCCAACGUGGGCUAUUACGCCUGGCGAUGUCCAAAGCCCUUAAAGAACAGGGACGUGGUGACACUGCGAGCCUGGCAGGUCGAGGACGGGUAUCACACCAUCAUCAACUUCUCGGUCAAGCACCCGAAAUACCCUCCGCGCAAGGACCUGGUCAGGGCAGUCGCGCUCCUCAUGGGGUACCUGGUGCGCUCAACCGGGCCCAGCAGCUGCAGUCUCACCUACCUGGCUCAGGUGGAUCCGAAAGGGUCGUUGCCAAAGUGGGUCGUGAAUAAAGUGUCGCAGUACCUGGUGCCACAGAUGUUAAAGAAACUGCACAAGGCCUGCGUGCAGUACCCUGCCUGGAAGCAGCAGCACGGCGUGAACGUGAAGCCUUGGCUGUACCCCGAGCAGAACACGCUUCCCGUGCUGGCGCUGGCGGAGCUGGCGCUGCAGCACGCUGCCUCGCUGGAGAACAUCGACGAGAGCGGCCUGGCCGAAGCGAAGGAUGAGGGCAGCGACCACGGCGGCGCGGAGAACUGA